AUGCAAGCGGCCUCCCGACAAGUGACCAAACAAACAGUAUCCUCCGUUCAGUCCAGAUAUCAAGUAGCCUGUCGCGUUCAAAUGUUGGGUUCCUUCUUUUGGGACAACCCUGACGUCCUAAUGGGUAAAUUGAAAAAGGCAGAAUCCAAAUUGAUGGAAUAUGCCAAAACCUUUGGCGAUCGAGCUUCGGAUGACAACAGUUUGCAAAUGACGACUCACGAUACGCCCAUUCCAAGUAAGGCGCUGCCAUUUAAUAGAGAAAAUGUACUGACCAACGAUCUUUCCAUUCACAGUCUCCGUGUCACUACAACAACAACAACAGAAGAUGAGAAUGCUAAUGCUAAUGCUGAUGCUGAUGCUAAUGCUGAUGCUAAUGCUAAUGCUAAUGCUCAUAAUAUCAGCAGCAUCAGCAAGAAACAUCCGACGCCACUCGUGAUUCUACAUGGAUACAUGAACGGAGCCUUGUAUUUCUAUCGAAAUGUCGUCGGCCUUAGCAAUUACUUUCAAACAGUCUAUUCCUUGGAUACACCAGGAUGUGGUCUGUCGUCCAGGAAUCCUGGAUUGUUGUCCCACGUCGACAAGACCGUCGAGGCUACCGAAGCCUUUUUUGUGGAAUCGCUCGAGGCAUGGCGCAAGGCGAAUGACGUGGACAAAAUGAUCUUGGCCGGACAUUCCAUGGGAGGUUAUAUUAGCAUUGCCUAUUGUGAAAAGUAUCCCGAACGAGUCGAACAACUAGUACUGUUAAGUCCCGUGGGAGUCCCCAAGGAAGAUGAGGAAAAAACCAAAGCCUUUGUCAAUCGCAUGUCCUGGACGAGACGAUCGGUCGUCAAUAGCGUCCGGUAUUUGUUUGAAUUUGGAGUGACGCCCGCGGGGUUUUCGCGAAGGUUGCCUAGCGCCAGAAGUAGAUCCAUGAUUGAAUCCUACGUCCAAGGACGGCUUCCCGUCAUUACGGAUCCCUUGGAACAACAGAGCGUCAUUGAUUAUUUGUAUUAUUUGGCCAUGGUUCCAGGAUUUGGAGAAGACAUGUUGAGUCGCAUCUUGACUUCCACGGCCAAUGCACGAAAGCCCACGGUGGAUCGGAUUCCCAAACUUGGGGUAAAGAAAGUAAGCUUUCUAUAUGGAGAUCGGGACUGGAUGGACAUUCAAGGUGGAAUCUCUGUCUACGAACAAUGCAAACUGCAAGGAAAUGAAAAUGGACCGGAUAUCGAAGUCUAUCAACUUCAAGACGCAGGACAUUUGUUAAUGGUGGACAAUUGGAGAGGGAUGAAUGCCGGUGUCGUGGCCAUGUGUGGUGGCAUUUCCACAUUGUCUCCUCAUUAUCCAAUGCCCCUAUUGGUCCGAUCGACAUUGGUAUCGUCGCCGUCGCUGUCGUCGUCAUCGUCCUCCUCCUAA